CACACGUAGCAUGCGUUUCUAUAUAAAUUAGGCUCUUUCUAACCUUGUGACAUACCUGUCUUUUUCGAGGAAGAAUAUUGAGCAUCUGACAUCAUGAGUCGUUUCUUUGCGACUGGCUCAGAUUCUGAGUCUGAUAGCGCAUCUGAGGAGGAGCAAAUACAAAGGGCGCCAACAACAGCUUUUACUUUCAGUGAUGACGAGGAAGAAACAAAGCGUGUUGUACGCUCCACAAAAGAGAAAAGAUAUGAGGAGAUUGCCAAUCUUAUAAAACUUAUCAGGAAUUAUAAGAAAAUUAAGGAUAUGAGUAGCAUGCUGACGAGUUUUGAGGAUUUGAUGCGAGCUUAUCAAAAAGCUUUGCCAGUAAUCACUAAGGAGGAACUUGGACAAACUCCACGAUUUUAUGUUAGGUGUUUAGUGGAAAUGGAAGAUUUUAUUAACGAAGUAUGGGAAGAUCGUGAUGGACGCAAGAAUAUGUCUAAGAAUAAUUCCAAAUCACUUUCAACAUUACGUCAAAAAUUACGUAAAUAUAAUAAGGAUUUUGAAGAGGACAUAGGCAAAUUCAGGGAGAACCCUGAUCAAGAUGAUGAUGAUGAAGAAGAAAAAGCUGAGGAAGUUAUAGAGUCUGAGGAAGAAGAAGACAGCGCUGUGGCUUUUAAAAAGGCAGGAUCAGAAGCUAGUGAACCUGAUGUUGCAAAGUUCAAGAAAGGUGCAACUGAUGGCGAGGAGGGCAGCGAAAGCGAGCAAUCUGAUUGGGGCAGUGAUUCGGACAGCGAGAGCACAAGUAGCGACGAUGAAGGCCAAUAUCAAAAUAUUCGUGAACGUUUCAUCAAAAAGGCUUUAGCCCAGGAAGGGGGGGACGAUGAGGAUAAAGCGAAGAGGAAGGAACAGCGUAAGGAACGCAAAGAGAAGGAGCGAAAGAAGAAGCGCGACGAAGACGAUGGCGAAGGAGAAUGGGAAACUGUGAAGGGUGGCGUGGCUAUUCCUUCCGAGAAGCCGAAGAUGUUUGCCAAGGACGCAGAGAUCAACAUCACUGCGGUGCUGAAGAAACUUUCUGAGAUAAUUGCAGCUCGCGGUAAAAAACGUACAGACAGACGAGAGCAAAUCGAGCUCCUGCACGAGUUGCAAUCGAUAGCUGACGCACACACUCUCGGCCCGGCUGUGACUGUGAAAAUUAAGUUUUCUAUCGUGUCUUCCAUAUUCGAUUACAAUCCGAAGGUUUCCGACGCCAUGAAGCCUGAAUAUUGGUCCAAAAUAUUAGAGCGCAUUACCGAGAUGCUCGACAUGCUGUUGAACAACACAGAUAUGGUGAUCGCGGAAACGAUCGCGGAAGACAUGGAGGAGUUCGAAACGGCGCCGUUCAAAAUACAUGGCUGCGUGUUAACGUUAGUGGAGCGUCUCGAUGAAGAAUUUAUAAAAUUGCUGAAGGAAUGCGAUCCGCACAGCAACGAAUACGUAGAAAGAUUGAAGGAUGAGAAACAAGUCGCUGCCAUAAUAGAUAAGGUACAAGAGUAUUUGGAGAGGCAAGGAACUGUGUCCGAACUUUGUCGCGUGUACCUGCGCAAAAUCGAGCAUUUGUAUUACAAAUUCGAUCCAAAUGUUCUGAAGCAAAAAGAGGGCGAGCUGGGAAAAGAGGCAAUCACAUCCGUACAAGUCAUGGAAAAGCUCUGCAAAUACGUUUAUGCUCACGACAACACUGAUCGAUUGAGAACUCGCGCGAUUCUGUCGCACAUUUAUCACCACGCACUUCACGAUAAUUGGUUCCAAGCCCGUGACUUGAUUCUAAUGUCGCAUCUCCAGGAAACCAUUCAGCAUUCUGAUCCAGCUACACAGAUUUUAUACAAUCGUACGAUCGCUCAUCUAGGACUAUGCGCAUUCCGUCAUGCAAAUAUUAAAGAUGCCCACAACUGCUUAGUCGAUUUAAUGGUGACAGGCAAAGUAAAGGAACUUUUGGCGCAAGGUCUGCUUCCUCAACGACAGCACGAGCGCAGCAAAGAACAGGAGAAGAUUGAAAAGCAAAGGCAAAUGCCUUUCCACAUGCACAUCAAUCUGGAACUCCUUGAAUGCGUAUAUCUCGUCUCAGCAAUGCUUAUCGAGAUUCCAUACAUGGCUGCGCACGAGUUUGACGCAAGGCGAAGGAUGAUUUCGAAGACGUUCUAUCAGCAGUUGCGAUCCAGCGAGCGUCAAUCGUUAGUGGGACCACCGGAAUCCAUGAGGGAGCAUGUCGUUGCUGCUGCCAAAGCAAUGCGCAAUGGAAAUUGGUCUGCUUGCAACAAUUUCAUUAUCAAUGAAAAGAUGAACGCAAAGGUCUGGGAUCUCUUCUAUCAGGCGGACAAAGUACGAGCUAUGCUAACGCGAUUAAUUAAGGAGGAAGCGUUGCGGACUUAUUUAUUCACGUACUCGCAUGUCUACGAUUCGAUCUCCAUGCCAAAACUCGCUGACAUGUUCCAGUUAAAGCGACCUGUGGUCCACUCUAUUAUCAGCAAAAUGAUUAUUAACGAAGAACUUAUGGCAUCCUUGGACGAUCCGACAGGAACCGUCGUCAUGCAUCGCAGCGAACCGAGCCGCCUUCAAUCCUUAGCCCUGCAACUCACCGAUAAAGUAAACAACUUUGUUGAUUCGAACGAACGUAUCUUCGAGAUGAAGCAAGGUAAUUUCUUCUCGAGGGGAAACCAAGGCAACUUCCGCGACCGUCAGAAUUACAAUCGCCAGGGACAGGAUUGGGGUCGGCAAAGGCGCGAUCGCGACCGCGAUCGUAAUCGGGAGGAGAAUCGAAAUUAUUAAAUGGUUAACAGUGUCAAAUUUAAAACUUUUUCGGGUGUUGAAACGUGAUUAUUGUAACGUUUCAAACUCAUAAAUAAUACCGAUAACAACAUUAUACACAAACGAUCGUGUUGUUGUUAAUACGUUGCAGAAUGAUUCGCGCACUUGUCACACAUGCAAAAGAAUAUUAUAACAUCUUACCUAUUUA